ACGCAACUGUAGCCGAACAGCAUGCCCAGGAAGCGCAAAAAGCUGGGAAACUAGAAAAGCAACGAACAGCACCAGGAAAUUUCCAUCACCAUCUCCAUCUCCAUCGCUUCUCGCAUCUCGCAUCGAUGGCCACAGGAAUUGAGCUCCUCGUGGCAGCAGCCCUGUGCGUUGCCUGCCCGGCUCUGAACGAAUCCCUGCCAGCGAAUUUGAUCCAGCUGAGCGGUGAUGGCAACAUGAGCAUGUCCACCGAAAUGCCCAUUGAUAUUGAUGCCUCUGAUGUCGGCCUGGACAACGAUACGCCCGUGGAGACCUUGGAUACGAUAAUCAACAAGAAGCUCAGGCUACGCGAGAUGCGUGACUGGAUCAAAGGCAAGCACCUGCGCAUCGCCACCCUCGAGGACUAUCCGCUGAGCUAUACGGAGGUACUGGAGAAUGGCACGCGCAUCGGUCACGGGGUCUCUUUUCAGAUCAUCGAUUUCCUCAAGAAGAAGUUCAACUUUACGUACGAGGUAUUCGUGCCGCAGGACAAUAUUAUCGGUUCGCCCACCGACUUUGAUCGCAGUCUCAUCGAGAUGGUCAACAACAGUCUUGUGGAUCUGGCAGCUGCCUUCAUUCCCUCCCUUUCGGACCAAAGAACCUUCGUUUCCUAUUCAACAACUACCUUGGACGAGGGCGAAUGGAUAAUGGUGAUGCAGCGGCCCAGGGAAUCGGCUAGUGGUUCUGGCCUGCUGGCACCGUUUGAGUUUUGGGUCUGGAUACUGAUUCUAGUAUCUCUGCUGGCCGUAGGACCCAUCAUCUAUGUGCUGAUCAUUCUGAGGAAUCGCCUGACGGGCGACGGAGUUCAACAUCCCUACUCGUUGGGCCAUUGCGCUUGGUUCGUAUAUGGAGCGCUAAUGAAACAGGGCAGCACCCUGUCGCCCAUUGCCGACUCGACCCGGCUGCUCUUCGCCACCUGGUGGAUAUUCAUCACGAUACUGACGUCCUUCUAUACGGCCAACCUGACGGCUUUCCUUACCCUCUCCAAGUUCACGCUGCCGUACAACACGGUCAACGAUAUCUUGGUGAAGAACAAACACUUUGUCUCGAUGCGGGGUGGUGGCGUUGAGUAUGCCAUACGAACGACUAACGAAUCGCUGUCCAUGCUGAAUCGGAUGAUACAGAACAACUAUGCGGUUUUCUCUGAUGAGACGAACGACACGUACAAUCUCCAAAAUUAUGUGGAGAGGAAUGGAUAUGUGUUUGUUCGGGAUCGUCCUGCGAUCAAUAUAAUGCUGUAUCAGGACUAUCUGUAUCGUAAGACAAUCAGCUACAGCGAUGAAAAGAUCCACUGUCCCUUUGCCAUGGCCAGGGAGCCGUUCCUCAAGAAGAAGCGGACCUUCGCCUAUCCCAUUGGCUCGAAUUUGAGCCAGCUUUUUGAUCCGGAACUACUCAAUCUGGUGGAAUCGGGUAUUGUGAAGCAUUUGUCGGCCAAGGAUUUGCCCAGCGCCGAGAUAUGUCCCCAGGACCUGGGCGGCACUGAGCGGCAGCUGAGGAAUGGCGACCUGAUGAUGACCUACUACAUAAUGCUGGCCGGAUUCGCCACAUCUCUGGCUGUUUUCAGCACUGAGCUCAUCUUCCGGUACGUGAAUAGUCGCCACGAGGCCAAUAAGUGGGCUCGUCAUGGCAUCGGACGCACUCCCAAUGGCCAGUCCAUAAAACCAUCGCGCUGGUUGCGGGGCUGGCAGCGCUUGGAUAGUGGACAAAAGCAGUUGCUGGGAACCUCCACCCUGGGCCAGAAUGUCACUCCUCCACCGCCCUAUCAGAGCAUUUUCAACGGGGGCCAUGGCAAUGCUGCUGGGGCUGCAGAUCCUCGCCAUCGCUGGAGACGUGCCAUGGGCCAGGGCAACGGGGUUCUUCUCGGCAACGAUCCAUCGACCGAUGGCGGGGUUCGACGACUGAUUAACGGCCGUGAUUACAUCGUCUUUCGCAAUCCAGACGGCCAGAAUCAGUUGGUUCCCGUUCGAUCGCCAUCGGCUGCGCUCUUUCAAUAUACCUACACCGAAUAGGAAAGGUUAUAUAUGAAUAUAUUUAAUACGAUCUUGUUAACUGCACCAUUAACUUUCGCACACAAAUUGCUAGACAUCAGAUGUUGUGCCGUUUUACAG